AUGUCUUCUUCUUCUUCUUCUUCAACAUUGUGCUCAGUCCUCUCAAACCUCACCGCCUUUGUGGUGAACGAGGGUCACGGCGUGAAGGGCCUCUCCGACUUGGGCCUCCAAGCCCUCCCGGACCAAUACAUCCAGCCUCCGGCGGAGCGGAUCACGGCGAGCACGGUCAUCACCGACGACUCCAUUCCGGUCAUCGACAUGUCCCCGGAAAACCCGCAGGUGGGCGAGAUGAUCUGCGAGGCGGCCAAGAAAUGGGGAUUCUUUCAGAUCAUCAACCACGGGAUUCCCCUUGAAGCUCUGGAGGAGGUUAAGGCCGCCACUUACCGGUUUUUCAGUCAGCCGGCGGAGGAGAAGAAGAAACAUUCCAAGGGAAACUCUCCGACCACUAACGUCAGAUAUGGGACGAGUUUCGCUCCCCUUGCCGAGAAGGCUUUGGAGUGGAAAGACUAUCUUAGCCUCUUCUAUGUUUCCGAUGAACAGGCUAACUCUUUUUGGCCUUCAGCCUGCAGGGAAGAAGCAUUAAAUUUCCUUAAAAUCUCAGAAAUUGUUGUGAAGCGGCUACUGGAGGCACUAAUGGAAGGACUAAACGUGAAAGAGAUAAACGGUGCAAAAGAGUCACUUCUGAUGGGUUCCAGGAGGAUCAACAUAAACUACUACCCAAAAUGCCCCAACCCGGAGCUCACCGUCGGCAUCGGCCGCCACUCCGACGUCUCCACAUUGACCCUCCUCCUCCAGGACGAGAUCGGCGGACUGUACGUCCGCAAACUAGACGGCGGCGACGACGACACCUGGGUCCCCGUCCCUCCGAUCACCGGCGCCCUGGUCAUCAACAUCGGCGACGCCCUCCAAAUCCUGAGCAACGGGCGGUACAAGAGCAUCGAGCACCGCGUCAUCGCCAACGGGAGCAACAGCAGGAUUUCCGUCCCCAUUUUCGUCAACCCAAGGCCGGAGGACGUCAUCGGGCCGCUGCCGGAGCUUCUUGACGGCGGCGAGAAGCCGUUGUACAAGCAAGUUCUUUACUCCGAUUAUGUGAGGCAUUUCUUUAAGAAAGCUCACGAUGGAAAGGAGACUGUGGAUUUCGCGAAGCUGAACAUCUAG